AUGUCUCAACCAUGCGCGAUUUCAACAUGUAAACGCGUAUCACGAGCUUUAUGUUAUGGAUGUAAUCAAAAUUUUUGUCGUGAGCAUAUGGUUGAACAUGAUUUAUCACUUAAUUCACAAUUAAAUCCAUUAUCGGAUGAGAUUAAUGCACUUGGUGAACGUUUAAAAUCUAUUAAUCUUGAAAAUGCUAUUGGUAUUUCACAUAAGAAACUUGAACAAUGGCGCUAUGAUUGUCAUAAAACAAUUGAUACUUUUUUCGAACAAAAAUGUCUUGAACUUGAUCGAUGUAUUGCAAAACGAAUGGAAAAACAACGUGCUGAAAUAAGUCGAAUGCGUACAAAAAUGUCGGAAUUAAUCAAUGAACAAGAAGCAACACAUAAAGAUAUUGAUUCAUUAACAGUAACUGUACGUGAUCUUGAACGUGAAAUUGAAAAAAUUGAACAAACAUCAUUUCAAGUGGAAAUCAAAUCAUUAGUUUUGGAUGAUAGUUUGAUACAUAUUGAAAAUACAGAUAUAAAUCGUUUUGAUUUAACAUCAUUACCACCUGUUUAUAAAACAAUAAAUUAUCCAAGAGAAAAUUGGGCACCAUUAGCAUGUAAUAAUCGUUAUUUAUUAAUACAUCAAGAACCAAAUUUAUGUUUAGUUGAUCAAGAAUUAAAUAUUGUUAAACAAAAUUCUUGGAUAUAUGGAACUAUAUAUGAUAUAUGUUGGUCAUCAACAUUAAAUCGUUUUAUUGUUAUAAAUGGUAGUGAUGUUUUUCUUGUUGAUGAAACAAAUAUGUCAAUUGAAAAUGUUCAAACGCUUCAAAAGCGUAAAUGGUUAUCAUGUACAACAUCUGAUACAUCAUUAUUUUUAUCGACGAAAGUUUGGGGUUCAUCAAUUAUUGAAUUUAGUUUAUUACCGACAAUUGAACUUGUUAAACAAUGGCAAUCGCCGGAUACAUGUGCACGUGAUGAAGUUAUUAAUGGGAUUGUUUAUAAUAA